AUGUCAAGCAUUGCAACUUCUGGUGUCGUUCCUUCACAAAUUGUGGGAAAUAUUGCCGAAGGUACAAACUCGACUCUUGUUCAGAAGCCACUCAAAAAUGUUCAGGAUUAUGAGUCGGAUUCAGAGUCAGAUACCUCCACAGACAUUGAGGAUGACUCAAGCGAUGAUGAUAAGCGGCUGGCUGACAAUCCAAUACUAAAGGAGCGCUUAAAGCAACUUGAUAGAUAUGCUACUCCUAUAAAACAUCAUACCCAUUCUCCAGUUCAGAUAAUAGAUCAGCAUCCUAUUCCAGGAAUAUAUGCCACAAACGUGCCACCGGAUAAUACACCUAAUAAUGGUUCACUUUCUAUUCAUGGAAAGUCAAGUGGACCUUCUGAGCUGAUGGAUAGCAGUCUAACACCUCCUGAAUACCGUUCUCACCAGUUUUCUGCUGCUGACUCCCCUACCCCUUGCAGUAGUUCCGCUUCCCUGGGCACAUCCAUUACUUCUAAACAUAAUCUUUCCCCACCAAAUACCAUUUUGGGAACAAGCACAAAUGUUUCUGGACCGAUUUCGCAACAUGAAAUACCAGAUGUAUCUGUAUAUGCACAUUCAUCAAAUUCUUUAUCAUGUAAGUCUAGUGAAAUUCCAUCCACAUACACAUAUGGUCAAUCUCUUAAUUCAUCUAAUUUAAUUCAUUCGACUGAUGUAUGUUACAAUGAAGUUGGAGACAAUCAAGCUUGCGUUUGUGAAGUUUGUCAUGUUGUUUAUGCAAACCGGUCUUCCCUUCGAAGCCAUAUGAAAAAGCACUUAAAUCAAAGUAUUAAACGACACCAGUGUGAUCAGUGUCCUUAUUCUACACAGUAUGGCAAGAACUUAUUUAAGCAUAUAGAAUCAAUGCACACUGUUGAUAGCUGUCAAGAAUAUCGCUGUGAAGGCUGCACUCGAUCUUUUACAAAUGAGGAUCUUCUUCGGGAUCACGACUGUAUUGUAACUCAGUAUAACACCUAUCGGUGUAGUGAGUGUGGCAGAGUAUUCAAGACAAAGUUGCGUUUGAAGUAUCACGCAGAUGUACACAACCCUCGGAAGCCUUAUGUGUGUGACAUAGAUGGUUGUGAUCGGGCAUUCCGUACCCCGAAAUAUCUCAAAAACCACCGAGAUGAGUUUCACAGAAUGCAUCCCAAAAACUAUGCUUGUCCUGUAGGACAAUGUGAUCUAAUCUUUCACCGGAAAACCCACUUAAAGCGUCAUAUCGCCACACAUGAUGAUUCUGAAAAGAAGUAUCAAUGUCAAUGGCCUAAUUGUCAACGACGAUUUUGUACUGAAGAGACGUUGAAUCUUCAUCAUAGUAAACAUACUGGUGAAAGGCCUUUUAAUUGUUCUCUAUGUUUGUAUAAUUGUUAUGAUAAACCAAGUUUAAAUGAACAUUAUCAAGUAAAUCAUGCAAAAGACGCAAAUUUUGAUUAUAAUUUUAAAGAUCUUAUUCAUCGAAUACCAUCAACCACGCAUUCGUCACAAUAUCUGUCAGAGACACAAGGUUACAGAGGAUCCUGUGGUGGUGAUGAUGAUACUAGAGCUUUCGUAGCACGAACAUCUACACCUGUUUCAACUGUACGUCACAGAAUGGCUGAUAUUUUAGACUCGUGUACUCCUGACAUUCCUGGACCUCUUGAUGCGGAGAUUAAUGGAAUUUUAGAUAGCCUGGAUAAAGAAUCCGACCUACCAGACUUAUUUAGUAACGGGACUUUGGAGAUGAAUCGUUCAGGUACAGAGCAAAAUUUUACAAAUAACACAAACCUCAACUCUACUAUCCAGGUUUCUCCAUAUCGUCAGAAUAGUCAGUCAUCUUGCCUAGCUACCUUACCACCGUCAUCUUCAGUUAAUUCUGUCAAUGCAGAAUCUGGAACAUCUGAAUCAAGUCUAACAUCACUUUUACCUAAUAUUCUUUCUGAACUUCAACGUGCAGAACUAUCUGGAUCUAAUGAAGAAUUUGAAAAGGUGAAAUCACAUGUUUUAUCUGUACUCCCAACAUUUGUAAUCGGAGACAAGUUAAGUACACAGAUUAACGAAAUAGUCGAUGAAGUUAAUGAUGCCCUAUUAGACCAACCACUUCACGUUAUACGAGCAGCUUUUUAUACAACUCGCCCUUUUAAUCGAGAAGAAUUAUACAUGAUUGAUUUAUUGGAACAGCAAAUGUUAUCUGAGUCUUCUUCUUUAACAGCUCCAAAUCCGCCUAGAAGACGUGGUAGGCGUCCAAAAUUGCAACAACAAUUACAACCCUACCUUCAACGUAUAUUCUCCUUGGAGUCUGGUGCAGCCGAAUCUAUGGCAUCGCAUCUAGUGAAUGCUUCACAAAAAGAAAAGUAUAUCAAUCAUUAUGGUUAUUAUAGAAGUACUGGAUUUGGAAGAGGUAGAGGUCGUGGUAAAUCCGGUAAACAUCCUCCACCUCCUCAUCCGGUAUCGAAUGUAAAACCACCAUCGUCUGAUGUAUCAAUGUCGAAGAAUAAUCAGUAUAAUCAGUCUGUUUAUCAUCAUCAUAAUUCAGGAGGAGUAAACAUGUGCACUAAUGGUGUGGUGAAAAGAGGUCGAGCGGAUAGUUGUUGUACACAAGGCGAAUAUUGUAUUGAACAAAUAUCCGAUGAUAUGCAUACUGGCUUUCCUAAUGACAUUAGCACUACCGAACAGUAUCAUACUCGUGCAGGCGUAAUGCAUACUUCGAAUCAUCCGAAUGACUUGCGUACAACACAUACAGGAAUGUUUCUAAACAGCUAUAAUUAUUAUUCAACUAGAUUUCAUUGUCCAUCUGAAAUAAAUCGGCUAGAUAUGAGUAGGAUAUCCCAAAAUUCCAAUGAGGAUGAAUUGAAUGAAAGUGAAGACGAUACUCCUACUAAUACUACUUUUAAUAAUAAUAAUAAUAACAAUAAUAAUAACAUGACACAUCAAUUUAUGUAUAAUCAGAGUAGAACUGUAACUGAUCAUGAAGACCAUAAAGGAAGGGAUUAUGAUAUGAAAAACGACACACAGAAUAGCAAUAAUAGAACAAAUAGCUCACAUAAUGAAAAAGAUUUUAUGAAUCAAGAUACAAUUGGUGAAAUGUUGGAAGAUUUAGGCGUUAUUGUACAAAAGAUUGGAGAACGUGCUGUGGCAAGAAAACAGCAUCAUCAUCAACAUCAACAUCAUGCGGAAGGGCAACCUCUUAAUCUCUCUGACUUUGCAGGUGGCAAACAACCUUGUGAUUCUAUGAAUAACCGCCACUGUUUUAACAGGAAUGAAGCAAAUUCACAUUCGAUCCAACUGCCGUCAAUGGCAACACUGGCAUCAGGUAGUGGUAGUGUAGAUACACCUCCUAGUGUUGAAGAGACUAGUAGUAUUUCAAAUCCUGAAACUCCUCAUUUGUCUGCAGCAUCUUAUCAUGCCCUAUCAUCUUUAAAAUCAUUUAAUGCAUAUAAUCAAACAGGUAUAUCACUGUCAGAUGGUGGUACUAAGAACACAGCAGUUCCAGGCAGUACAUCUGCUAGUAUUUCAAAUACUUCUUCACAAGCAGUAUAUAAUUCACUAACGAAUAAUUAUCAUCGAAAUGCACCAAUGUGGUCCUGUGAGUCUAUGUGUUUCUCAUCUACUCGUGAAGAUGAACUUAGAAAGUCAGACCAGACUCAUAUAACCAAUAAUUUUAAUCCCCAAACGAGAAAUUCACAGUCUACAAGAGACUUCUCAAAUAAACCGAAUGGAGAUAUGCUCCAAAGUUACUAUCCAAAAGACUUAAGCACCAGAGUUCAGCCUUUCGGUUCUCGUUCUGACUCUAUUCAUCAGUCACAACAUUCACCGAAAGAUUUCACCCGAUCAUCUGAAUCGAAUGAUCCUAAUUUCAAUGAUAUCAUAUCUGGAUCAUUAAGGAGUCAUCAUCCAGCUCAUUUACCUAACAAGGCUUCAUCAGGUUCUUUAAUAUCUACAGCUGAGGCAGUUGAUCACUUACGUUCUCUGUCUGCUUUAGGAGCAAAGUAUACAGCAUGCCUUGAAAUGCAACAAGAAGAAAGUAGAUAUCAGUCGAAUCAACAACGUUUGUUUCCUGAAGAUUAUGCUUACAAUCAGUCCCAGAUCCAUUCAUCAGAUGCCGCAUUGCGACGUAAUCCUACAGAACAAGGCGGUGAACCACAAAUGUCGCAUAACUCUGCUCGGAUUCCAACAUCAAAUAUCCUUGGGUAUAAUGUGCCAUCAGCACUGAACAAUCUGCUUUAUAGUAAGUGA